UGUAGUGCUUUCUAAUAGGCGGCAGUCGCAUCGAAAGUUCGCGUGGCGACAUUGUGUCUCGUUGGUUGUUGUUUUUUUGCCACCGAAAUUUUUAUCGUCUUUUUGUAACAUGACUGCGAUCGAUAUACACCGGGGCCUGAACGGGAGGACGAUACUUCUCACCGGUUUCACAGGCUUCAUGGGCAAAGUGCUGACGGAGAAGCUCCUCCGAUGUUGCCCUGAGGUCAGGCAUAUUUACCUCGUAGUCAGAGAGAAGAAGGGCAGAAGCGCAACGGAAAGGAUGGAGGAAGUGCUCAAAGACCCCCUUUUCUCCGUCCUGGAGAAGGAGGUGCCCAAAUACAGGUUGAGACUCACAGCUCUCAGCGGCGACUGCAGCCUGCCCAACCUGGGACUGAGCGACGAGGACAAAAAGAAAGUCACGGAUGAGGUCAGCAUGGUAUUCCACGGCGCUGCCACAGUCAGGUUCGACGAAAGUCUCAAAGUCGCCUACCUCAGCAACGUUCAAGGCACGAAGGAGGUUCUCAGGCUGGCCAAGGAGAUCAAAAACUUAGCGGUCCUCGUCCACAUCUCAACAGCGUAUGCCAACUGUCACCUCCAGAAGAUCGAAGAGCGAUUCUACGAGGCGCCUAUGGACGACAAAAGGCUUGAGGAUAUGGUGCAGAACAUGGAUGACAGCAUACUCGAGGCCAUCAGGCCAAAGAUCAUAGGAAGGUGGCCGAACACGUACUCGUUCACAAAGGCCAUGGCUGAGUCUAUCGUCAAGUCAUACGCCAGUCAGCUCCCAAUCGUCGUGUUCAGACCUGCUAUCAUCGUAGGCACGUCCAAGGAGCCGCUGAUCGGCUGGACGGACAACCUGUACGGUCCGACUGGGAUCGUAGUCGGCGCAGGGUGUGGAGUGCUAAGGUCGAUGUACUGCGACCUGGACUGCAUCGCCAAUAUCGUACCUGUAGACAUGGCCGUGUCGGCAAUGCUGACCGGGGCCAUCAAGAGGAUACAGGACCCCCCCGCAGACGACACCAUACCAAUAUACCACUUCGUCUCAUCUACCGACAACCCUCUGAAGUGGAGGGAGUUCAAAAGGCUCAUCGAGCUUCACGGGCAGGACGUUCCGCCCAUCAAGGCAAUCUGGUGCUACUUCAUGACGACCCAUAGGUACAAGAUCAACCACUACAUUGCCAUACUCUUCCUCCACUACCUGCCUGCCAUCAUACUCGAUACCAUAACCAAACUGACAAAAGGAGACAACCCUAACUUGUACAAGAUCUACAGGAAGAUUGACAAGUAUUCCGAGAUAAUUGAACACUUCUCAAUAAGGAGCUGGGAUUUCACAAAUGACAACAUGAAAAAGUUGAGGAUGAUGCAGACGGACAAGGACAGGGCAGAGUUCAACUUCGACAUCGCAAACCUGAACUGGAGCGAAUUCUUCUAUAACUAUAUACGAGGUCUACGUGUCUAUUUGUUGAAAGAUGGCAUGGAGACGCUGCCAAAAGCGAGGGUGAGGUGGCACAGGUUCCAGAUCGCCCAGAGGAUCAUGCUCACAAUUUUCUACCUCUUUGUCGCCCUCAUGGCCUACAGGCUCUUCACCUGCUUUCUGUCCAUCACGGCAUGACCUGAAGGCAGAAAUCAACGCGAAGCCCUUCUUGCCUUAGCCAUUUAUAAAUUUAAAAAUUAAUAAUUAAACAUGUUAUAGCAUAUUUGUACAUAUAAACACAAUUUACACCUUGAUUAUACUCAUUAAUUUUACUAUUACAUUAGUUAUUUACUGACUCGGUCAAUAAAAUAUCAAAAAAUGUCA